AUGGGUGAACUUCCCAUGAAUGAGUUGCGUUUCCGUCGCGCUCUGUAUCGCAUAUCCUCAGGUGUCCUUUGCCGGGCGGACCUCUGUAUUAUUGAAGGCAUCGUUGAUGAUUUGCUGCGUAGAUCCUCCGGAGAUGGGGAUGAUGCGCUAUCGGCACGCGAUUGUGCCCUGGAGGUGGCAAGUUCGUUCAAUAAGUUAAUGUAUAGUAGGGUAGUCCUUACCCUAGUACAGAAGUUGGGACGUCGCAUUCGGAGUAUCGUGAACAAACUUAAACGCCUUUUGGAGAUUCACAAAGAUAUGAUUAAACCAAUAAACCUUCUGCAGUCGAAAGGUGUUGGUUUGUUUCAUCUGGCACUUGUCCAACAUGAUGAGUACCGUUCCGAACAGAUGUCCGUCCUCAAGACGCUCCUUGCCGAUUCGCAAUUUGUUCUAUCACCUCUUUUCGCUAGAUUAAUUGCAAAUCUACUGGCGUCUAUUACUUCCGAUGAGUUCGAGACUUACAUUUCACCGGACAUUCUAAGGCUGUUGAAGCGAGGGCACAAAGGGAUAGUUUUUACUCUCUUCACACUACAGAGGUAUCUGAUGCCCCACGUCACCCUUCGCAGUGUUGUCGAUAUAACGGAUAACCUGAAGCAGUUCCUUAUGCAGCAAGACGGAACAACCAUUUUCGGGGCUGAGAAGGUGCCAUUUGAUGAGGUGAAGCGCAAGGGGCCAUACGGCCAGGUAGUAAGCGAAUUGAUUCACUGGUUCUCAGCGGCAGCGUUUCGGACUUCGGAUUGCUCUGUCGCUAAAUACCUUCGAGGUGUUCUGGACAGCUUUUCAGGCAGUUCUCGCCUUAGCGCAUCAAAUCAGGAAAUCAAUGCGCACCUAUUACUGUUGCUGCUACCGAUUAGGCUCGAGGAGUCUAUCGAUGCAACCCAAGUUUCGAAUGUAGUUGAAUCGUAUAGGUCGACUAUAAAGAGCAUAGCACAAUCGCACCCUUUGGAGUCAGUCCAGGUAUACUUCAUCCAAAUAGUUGGACGUCUGCUCGCGCUCCUCCCUGACUCGGAUUUUGAAAACUUACUGAUGGAUAUUUUGUCGGAGCAGCUGAAACCGUUAGAAAAGUUAAAUCCAAAAACAAAGGAUGUUAGAAUAAACGACGCCAUUUUGUCUGCCACUCUCUACAGUUUCAGAUACGUUGUAGGAGCCAAUCUCAUGCAUGGUGGCCCGAGGACAUUUGAGGGAACAGCGAAGUUGAGAGGAUACUUGACCACUAUAAUCCAGUUUUGUAACGACAAACCAGUAUAUAAGAGUUGCCUGUUCGAAGCAAUGUUUGUAAUGUUGCACUUGGAACCCGACGAUGCAACUUACCUUCCUGAAUCUUCUACCAUUACGCCUGUACGUGUUUCAGAACAAAUGAAGUUGUCUAACGUGUUAGAAGCGAUGCAGAUAAACAACCGUGAUCCACUAGCUCAUCUGGCCAUGUGUGAACGGGCAUUAAAAAGACAGGAUAUCACGCCACAGAACGGCAAAAUAGCAGCUCUGAUGGGGACGAACAGUAUUUCAAAUAUGGUGGAGGCUGCUACCGAAACUAUGGGUAGCCAGCUAUAUGCGACCAUGGUAGACUUGUGUGAAGAACUUUGUAACAGCAAGGAUAAUGUGAAAGACCCAGUGUUAGCUUGUGUUUACACACGAAACCAUGUGGAAAAACGUCUUCAUGACUUUGGUGAUGCGCUGCGAGAGCAUCACAUUUAUAACAUGCUCCACACCAUCUUACAUUCCCCAACCAGAGUAAAGUAUAAAAAAACGUUCCGCAUGCUGCGAGAUUCCUGGAUGCGUUACAACAGUGAUGGUCAUUUGUUCACAGUUCUGUCUCAUUGCAUUCUUUUUAGAUAUCCGUUGGAGGAGCUCCAGAAUUGGUCGGAUUUAUCACGCCUAAUUAACUCACGCCCAUGCAAAAUGGCACGAGUUUUGGCACCAGUUCAAUUGGACAAAAUGGUUGUUUCCGGUAUUGUGUACCACGCCGUGGAAGAGGGAACAGUGCCUUUAAUUUUGGAUCACUAUUUGGCAACUCAAGAUGCAGAUGCUUCAGAACUCAUUGGUUCAUUAUUAUCGGCCGUGGACAAGACCCUGAACAAACUAAGGUCUUUUGAAAAAGAGGACUUUGAGAUAUAUCUCGCUCCCGGGGACAAGCUGUACUUGGAUUCAAGGCAAUAUCAACCUAACAUUCACCAAAGCGACAAGAAAAAGUUUAGCAACCUGACAAAGCAACAAUUGGACGACAUGCGAUAUAAGGACCAAUGUGCGACAAGGCGUGAGAUAGCAAGUCUUGUUAAGAGAGUUAAUAUAACCUUGUAUGCAAUAUCUCGCGCAUUGGCACAGAAGCGUGAUUACGUGAAGACCUUCCUUCGUGAUUUUCUGGUUAGCUGUAGAAUAGCACUAGGUGUUAAUGUGUUGCACGAUUCUUUCUCCCUGUUCAUGGAUAUAAUUUGUCAACAGUGUCUUAUUGGUGUUCCCGCUAACACUGCAGGGCGCAUUUCAUUCAUACUACAGUCGAUAUAUGCGGAGCGGGCCUAUCGUAUUAAUUACGAUCAUCUGACCCUUGUGCUUGAUGGUUUGAAUGACUGCUGUGUUACGAGCAGAGAAAGCGGUAUUCUCGUUACAGAGAUAACGACGUACAUGUUGAGCAGUUGUGAUACGCAUAUUGACAUAAAGGAGGCUUGCCUGCGGCUUAUAUUGAAGUUUCUCAGAGAUAGGGUUGACAUAGGCCAACAUAGUAUUAUUGACGUAGUCGCGGCAAAUUUGCGGAAUGAGGCAUUAUAUCCAUCCAUGAUAGCGACCCUCAAAGAGGCGGUUAAGUAUAUGUUCAAUCUCGAGGGGAUCACAUUAAUAUGCAGGAUAGGUCUCUCCAGCACGAUAAACCUGGUAAAGGAUGUUGUAGCGUUUUACGUGCACAAUCACGAAUCAGAUUCGCUAGACUCUAUCGCAAAGUAUCUGAUGAUCCUGGGGAUUGAAGUAGGUGGGUUAUCAUGUUCUGUUAAGCUCAUCUUCGAUCUUUUACCGCAAUUUGUUGAGUCCAACCCUGAAUUGUUGGACUUGGCACCGAGGGUCUUUUUGCGGUACUCUGUCGAUGAGGUAAUGGAGUCCUUUCAAACAUGCUAUCUGGAAGUAGACCGGAUGGGGCGUCGCUCCCUGCUCAUGGUACUGAUUCGCUAUUUCAGCAUAUUGAAUGAAAGUGUUGUUCAUGCAGAUAUUUUCGAUCGAUUUGUGUUGAUGUCCAGUGAUUCCUCCCACGUACACCAGACACUGGAUUGUUGUAAGGCCCUUUCCAAGACGGUUCCAACGCAAACAGUGGGGACAAUUAUCGCGCAUGUGAAGGCGUGGGUGGACAACAAUUAUCCACAUGCUUUGGAUGCCCUGCCAUCAGGCUGUUUUGAAGCAUCUGAGAUUGUGACUCUUGGGGUAUGUGCCACAUUUAUGGGAUAUUUACAAGAGAAGAUGAAGUAUGAUACUCAGCUAAAAUGGAACUUGGAAUUGCUGUUAAGAAUUCUAUCCUUUGAGAAUGAAUUUUCUAAGGUGGAGGCUGGUCAUCAUAGCGCAGCGAUUAUCGCGUCCCUAGCUAGAAUCUGCGCUCUCGAAGGAGAAGAGGAUUUUCUGAACACAAAAAUUUCAAUGUUGAUCUCAUCUGUCUCCAACAACGACUUUGCUACUGUGCCAUGCGUUUCUCUACUUAAGGGUGGUGGCCUUCUUUAUCUCAAAAAACACGAUGUAGUGGCCAGGCUUAAAGAUUCUUUGAGCGUAAGGGGUACACCCAGGGAAUUGUCAUUUGUAACAGAGCUGGCCAAUCAGUUCGGACGCCUAUUUGAACCCUACGUGAAAGACAUUUUUUCGACGUUGCUCCGUUGCUUCCCCGACAGCUUUGAUGCAUGCUUAAAGACAUGCUUCACAGUGGUUGGUAUACUUACAACGGUUGGAUUUAAAAGCAUAUUGCCAGUGAUAACCGAAUCAUUGGGCACAUAUUCCUCGAACAUUAAGUUGGGGUGCCUGCUUGUUUUGUCCCAAGUGAUAAAAGACUCGAAGCUACAGUCCGUUAUAAUAAAAAAUGUCUGUGACGUUGUUAAGGUCGUUUUUCCGUGUACAACCGAUACUCAGAAGCCUGUAAAAGAUGCUGCCGAGCAUGUGUUGGAUUCUAUUGUUGGGCUGGCUGGAACGGAAUCAAUUCUUUAUCCGACUAUGGGCAAUAUACUGAAAGUGUUAUCCCAUCCGUCAGAUAUUAACAUAACGUCAACGAUGCAGUCGCUGUCUGCUUAUGCUCGUGAUCAUCCAAAUGAUGAGGCAAAUUCGGAUGCACCCAUUGGUGUGGUUGAGCUUGGUCUGUUGGAACCUGUUUUAUCUCGAGCAUUGAAGUCAAGAAAUGGCUUGUGCCGACAGUCUGCAAUUGUGUUCUCUUCAUGGCUCGUAUAUCGUUGCGGCAGCUACCGUGAAGUGGAGCUCUUCUUCACUACAUUUAUGCCCAACUUGACUGAUCAUCUCAAGGAUACACUGCCGGAAAUUCGCCGCGAAGCCGCAAAAGCGAUUGGUUGUUGUGCGAAUGCUUUUAAAAAGUUUGGCUGUGAUACAUCCAAGGUUCUCAUGGUUGAUUUAAUAAAUCGUCUCAUGAAGUGUUUAAUGGAGUCUAUAACGAGCCUUGAGCGUUGUUCGGCAGCCGCUGGCCUUGCGGAGGCUCUUUGGGCCGUUGAUGACGUUUUUGUAGAGGGGAUUGUCACGAAGGUGCUGAAAAUAUUGGAUUCUACAGACAGUACCCCUCAGAUGCGUGAGGGUUGUUUGGCCCUUUUCAGGCACCUACCUCUCACUUGUCACGAUUACAUGCUAGCAAAUCUUGACACCAUACUGUCGCGAGUAAUGAGCAUUCUUUGCGACGAGGAUGAACGAGUGCGCGAUAUGGCGUCUAAUGUUAUUCGCACGGUAAUCGAGAAGUACCAUGUAAGCAGUGGUGAUAUUGUGUUCAACAAUUUGAGGCUGGCAUCGCGGUCAAAGGAAUGGCAAACGCGUAAUAUUGUGCUGUCCCUGCUGCAGUAUUUGAAUUCGCUGAAGGAGGAUAAUAGAGUGACUGUUGAGCUAUAUAUCGGACGUUACGACCAGAACCCUACCGUGAAAACUACUGCAAUGGAUAUCUGGAAAGGCAUGAAUGUCACUCGCUCCCUUCGCACAAUUUUCCCUCUUGUGCUUCAUAGCGUGAUAGAACUGUUGGAACAGGAUGACGAAGAUAUGAGGGUGCAGGCUGGGGAAUGCAUAACUGACGCAAUCUCCCGUCUGGGUUCCGGCACAGUUAACGAUUUCAUUGAAGCUAUUCUUAACUGUGAUGGUGCCUUCCGCGGUCGUUGCAUCGGCAUUGCAUCCCUGGCAUCCAGUGGUAAGGCCGGUAUAGAGAAACACCUACCCCGUAUAUUGCAGUUUUUAAAGGAAUGCUUGUGCAAACCGUGCUCUUGCCACGAGGCUUCAAAAGCGCUUGCAACAUUGGCUGGAUACUUUCCUGCGGUCGUGUCAGAAGUGUUACCUUCUUUGGUAAAUGAUCUCUUCUCCAAAGAUGAGAAGGAUGCUUACUUGGUGGGCAUAACUCUGCUGAUAGAGUCUCAUUCAGAGUGUUACAGUGUUAUUCUCCAGGAGGUGCUGAAUCCUGAAUUAGAUGUCACCCGACUGGCCCUUCUAGAAAGAAUGCUUUGCGCUAAACGGACUAAGGUUGUUUUUUCACAGCAGAACGUUCUGUCACGCUGCCUUAACCAGAUGAUGCUCUAUCACCGCGCAUUCCCCAAGGAAACCAUGGCAUCCUUUUCGACUUUCGUCUCCAUGGUUAGGCCAGAGUCAGUUAUGCGCUUGAUUCACAUUUUGAUCGAGAUGUUGGACGAUUUGGCUGCUGGGUCCAAUGACGACUGCAAAAAGUCAACUCUGAUCAUAUUCGUAUCACGAAUACUGGAGUUACGUGAGUGUGAUGUUGAUAGCCAUUAUGGGAAUGUGGCCGAUUCAUUGGCCCGUUACAUCUUCGCCGACCCCGGUACAAUAGAAGCGUCUAUUUUAGUCUUAGACCAGCUUAUUAAGAGCGCAGAGAGGCGUACUGAACUGGAUAAUCUGAUUGGAGCGUUUUCGAGACACUUCAGCGCGUUCAGCGUUGCCAAUGGCCAGCUACCACAAACUUCGCUGACCACAACUCUUCCGCUCAUGAUGUCGCUUAUACAGAAGGGGCUGGUCAAGUCCAAUGCAAAGAUUGAAGCAGCUAAGUGUGUGACUGCACUGCACAAGUUAGUUGGAACUGAACAUAUGGGCCCUUUUAUUUUGAAGACUAUUGGCGCCAUAAUUCGAUGCCUCAACGAUAAGUGCCCAUCGCUGCUAAAGAUCGCCUUAUUAGAGGCAAUCCACUCGCUGCUUCACUGCGAAAUGGCACAUGUGCGCGUCAUUUUGUACCAGUUGCAAUCGGCUCUCUUCAAGUGUUUGAGCGACGUUAACAGCGAAGUCAACUUGCUCAUAGGCCCAACCUUGCGCCUCUAUGUGCGGCUAGCGCCAACAAAAUCAGAUUCAGUGCUUUCUGACCUGUUACAACUGGCCUCUGACAAGGUGGGUAAGCCGAGUGUAAAAACUGCAUCGUUGCAUGCAAUCACCGAGGUAUUGAGUGCGCCGCCGAAUUUGAGCGCACCUCCAUUCGAGGAGUUACUGCGGUUGCUGCAAGAUUGCAGCGGUACAGACAAACAAUUGGUAUGUCAAGCCAUAGGUUUGGCGGCUCAGUUGGAGGGAAAUUAUGGAUCCGAUUGGUUGCCGAAUUUGUUUGUAAUAAUCCACGCGGAUACAUCGGCACUGUCGGCACUUUCUUCCAUCGUGAUGAGCGAUAGAGGUUUCACCAGACUAUAUCAGAGUACGCCGAAGGAUUUCGUCGACGUGUUGCGCCAGAGUUUGAAAUCUGAUAUGCCAAGUGUAAACCUUUGCGCGUUAAAUAUAUUCUGUCGAAUAUCAAAGCUCACUCGAUCAUCUCCGCUGGCCCGGGAGUUCGUUAAGUCUUACCUGAGCAUCCUGCCCCCAGGCGCUAAGCUGCCUCCUAGUGGGCAGUCUCAGAUACUUCAGAUUUACAAGCGACUCCUCCGUUUUGAACAGAACGUGUCCAACUUUGGUUCGCAGCUUACGUAUAUCAGCGAAGCGAUUUACGGUGUCCCAUUAGUGAAGUUGGAGGCUGAGAAGGUGCUUCUGGUGCUACUUGGACCAUCGCGUGACAUUGACAACUUGUUGUCAUUCGUCAAACAGCAUUCACCAUCGGAGAAGGUUACGAAGUUAUUGUCCGAAUACGCACUUCGGGUUUUGGUAAAGGGUAAUAAGAACGACCAGCUAAGCGACAGUGACGCGUGA